GGGAGGAUGAGGAAACUCUGAUAAGUGUGAGGUGAGGAUAUUGGAGAUGCCGCUCGUGGACAGCAAGGUAGUAUCGGAGUGACCAUCAACUGGCAUAGGUGGACAGUUUGUUUGCUGUUCUGGAAAAACUAAACAGUGGGCGAUCCCCGUCGACUUCAUUGGAAAACAGUGUUAUUUUGAAACGAGGCUUGGUUUCCUGUGUCAGUGACCUGUGUAGAGGGAACACACCGAGUCCGUGCCUGGAUUUGGGAGUCAUAGUUUGGCUACAGCUAAGAUUGUCCCCACGUUAGCAGAGCAGCUGAGGAGGAAUGACAACAUGUCUGCAGGCAGGCUGUGGUCUAGCCUGCUGCUUCUGCUGCCUCUUUUCUGCUCUAAAAGCUCAUCUUGUGGUCUCUCAACACAUGUAGAAAUAGGACACAGGGCUCUGGAGUUUCUUCGGCUUCAAGAUGGACGCAUUAACUACAAAGAGCUGAUCUUAGAGCACCAGGACGCAUAUCAGGCUGGGACCGUGUUUCCUGAUGCCUUUUAUCCUAGCAUCUGCAAAAGAGGAAAAUAUCAUGACGUUUCUGAGAGGACUCACUGGACUCCAUUUCUUAACGCCAGCAUCCAUUAUAUUCGAGAGAACUACCCUCUGCCCUGGGAGAAGGACACAGAGAAGUUGGUGGCUUUCUUGUUUGGAAUCACCUCCCACAUGGUCGCUGACGUGAGCUGGCAUAGCCUGGGUAUUGAACAAGGGUUCCUCAGGACAAUGGGAGCUAUCGAUUUUUACAACUCUUACUCUGACGCUCACUCGGCUGGUGAUUUUGGAGGAGAUGUGUUGAGCCAGUUUGAAUUUAAUUUUAAUUACCUCUCACGGCGCUGGUACGUGCCCGUCAGGGAUCUUCUGAGAAUUUAUGAUAAUCUCUAUGGUCGGAAAGUCAUCACCAAAGACGUCCUUGUUGAUUGCACCUACCUUCAGUUCCUGGAAAUGCACGGGGAGAUGUUUGCUGUUUCCAAGCUCUAUUCCACGUACUCUACAAAGUCCCCAUUUCUGGUGGAGCAGUUCCAAGACUAUUUCCUCGGAGGUCUGGAUGACAUGGCAUUCUGGUCCACGAACAUUUACCGUUUGACCAGCUUUAUGCUGGAGAACGGGACCAGUGACUGCAACCUGCCUGAGAACCCCCUGUUCAUCUCCUGUGAUGGCAGGAACCACACCCUCAGUGGCUCAAAAGUGCAGAAAAAUGAUUUUCACAGGAAUUUGACCAUGUUCAUAAGUAGAGACAUCAGGAAAAACCUCAAUUACACAGAAAGAGGCGUGUUCUACAGCACAGGCUCCUGGGCCCCGGAAUCUGUCACCUUUAUGUACCAGACUCUGGAGAGGAACCUGAGGCUGAUGCUUGCUGGCAGCUCUCAGAAAAAUCUGAAUCAUGUCUCCAGCCCCUCUGCCUCCUACACCCUGUCUGUCCCCUAUGCCAGGCUCGGCUGGGUCAUGACCUCAGCUGACCUCAACCAGGAUGGGCACGGAGACCUCGUGGUGGGUGCACCAGGCUACAGCCACCCUGGCCGCUUCCAGAUUGGGCGGGUGUACAUCAUCUAUGGCAACGAUCUGGGCCUGCCUCCCAUCGACCUGGACUUAGACAAGGAGGCCCAUGGGAUCCUGGAGGGCUUCCAGCCUUCAGGUCGCUUUGGCUCAGCUUUGGCCGUGCUGGACUUCAACCAGGAUGGGCUGCCUGACCUGGCUGUGGGCGCUCCCUCCGUGGGCUCAGGGCAGCUCACCUACAAUGGCUCGGUGUAUGUCUACUAUGGUUCCCAGCAAGGGAGGCUGUCUUCUUCCCCUAACGUCACCAUCUCCUGCAAGGACACCUACUGUAACUUGGGCUGGACCCUCUUGGCAACAGAUGCAGACGGAGAUGGCCGGCACGAUCUGGUCAUCAGCUCCCCUUUCGCACCAGGUGGAGGGAAGCAGAGAGGAAUUGUGGCCACCUUUUAUUCUCACCCCAGACGGAAUGACAAAGAAUUACUGACUUUGGAGGAAGCUGACUGGAAGGUGAAUGGGGAGGAGGACUUCUCGUGGUUUGGAUACUCCCUUCACGGGGUCACAGUGGCAAACAGAAGCCUGCUGCUGAUUGGGAGCCCGACCUGGAAGAAUGUCAGCAGGAUGGCACGCUCAAGCCACAAAAAGAACCAAGAGGAAAAGAGCCUGGGAAAGGUGUACGGCUACUUUCUCCCGAACCGCCAGAGCACAAUCACUAUCUCGGGAGAUAAGGCGAUGGGAAAGCUGGGUACCUCCCUGUCCAGUGGUUAUGUGAGAGUGAAUGGGACCCUAACCCAAGUCCUGCUGGUUGGAGCCCCUACUCAUGAUGACGUGUCUAAAAUGGCAUUCCUAACCAUGACCCUGCACCAGGGUGGAGCCACUCGGAUGUACGAACUAGCUCCCGAGAAGACACAGCCUGCUCUGCUCAGCACAUUCAGUGGAGACCGACGCUUUUCUCGAUUUGGUAGUGUUCUGCACCUGACUGACCUGGAUGAUGAUGGCUUAGAUGAAAUCAUCAUGGCUGCCCCACUGAGGAUAACAGAUGUCACUUCCGGACUGCUAGGGGGAGAAGAUGGGCGAGUGUACAUUUAUAAUGGCAUGUAUACCACCUUAGGUGACAUGACCGGCAAAUGCAAGUCCUGGAUGACUCCAUGUCCGGAGGAGAAGGCACAGUAUGUACUAACUUCUCCAGAGGCAAGUUCAAGGUUUGGGAGCUCGCUGGUGUCCGUGCGGUCUAAGGGAAGGAACCAAGUGGUUGUUGCUGCUGGAAGGAGUUCUUGGGGAGCCCGGCUCUCUGGGGCACUUCAUGUCUACAGCUUCAGCUCAGACUAAAGACGGCACUCUUCUAUUCAGCCCCGCUUUCUUGAGCCAAGUCAUCUCCAGGAUGGACAAAGUAGUUCUCCGGUGGAGCGAAACCUGGGACAGCCAGGCUGCCUAGAAAUAUGGUCAGCUAUGUGUGGACGCCGUGUGAUAGGAGCAGCAGGCUGUGAGGUCCCCUCUCAAGCUCUUUCUUCUGCAUCCUCUGAGUUUGCUGCCGGUGCUUGGGACUUUAUCAACCCACCUCCUUUUCUGUGGGAAUACCUGGCUCUCUUGCCUAGAAAGGGUGUAGUUAGCUCUUAACACUCUCCAUAUAAUUGCUCCUAUAAAAAAUCCUUGGUAGUGGUGGCUGGUCCUAUUUGGAUCUUAAAUGUACCCCAAAUCUCCUAUGUUGAAGGCUUGAUCCUUAGCUUAAAGAAGGUAGGAACUGUGGAGUAGGACUCUGUUGAGGAGAGUUACGUACUGGGUUGUAUCAGGACCCCUGGGCCUUCCUUGCCUCUCUGUUGCCAGCUGAGCUGCCAUGACCUGGGCAGCUCCCCUCUGCCACAGCACCCUGCUUCUUCCCCAGCCCCAAAGCAACAGGGCCAAGCACCCUGGCGCUGACAUGGCCGAAAACUGUGAGCCCAAAUAAACAUUUCCUCUUUUUAAGCUGUUUAUCUUGGGUAUUUUGUCAUAUGUCUGGUGAAAACAGUGGGAGGAGGAGAGAGGGGCGUGGGGAAGGGGCCACACUGGCCCUCCUCACUGCUGAUCUCUGUGCUCCCAUUCUAAACAGUCAAGUACAACUACAGACACUAAGGAAGGAAGGCACAGCUGCUGUGAGUACACACUCUGACUCCUAAGGCACAGCAGGAAGCACAAUGGGACAUUUGGUUUAAGUAGUGGUCCAACCUAUCUAAAGAGCACAGCCAGCAGAAGGGCCAUCGUUUUGGUACACGGACAGCAAUUAGCAAAUGUAAAUGGCAAGGCGAACCCCAGAGCCUUGUGCACAGCAGGCAGGGGCUCCCUCAACCCAGCCACACAGUGCCAGUGAUUUUGCUCUGUAAUGGAUGGACAAAAGCCUGUCUAAACAUGGCCAGAGGAUUUGUCUUUUGUUCAGUGCCUGAGCAUAGCAUGUAACAGGCAUCAGAUAAAGAAAACUUAAAGCUUACAGAAAUCCAAACAUCUUCAAGUCGACAGGAUACUGACUGUAUUGAGUCCUCUGUGAGAAAGUACAUGAUACACCCACGUUUGGAUCCUCCCAUUAGAACCUCUUUGGCCAUUACUUAAGUUAUCACACUGAAGCUCAAAUGUAGCUUCACUGCAGCCAAUCACAGAAAUGAAGCUGAGCGCAGCUCCUGGAUCCCAGCACCCAGCAGCCUGUCAGUGAGCUGUUUAGCCUAUUCCAGUCUGCUGUCAGGAAUCACUUCACAGGAUGACCUCUGCUCUGCCCACAUGGGCUCAGAGGCUCUGAACGUUAAGGACAGACCGGAUCCCACCUCUUUGCUCACACCUGAUGUGUGACUGCUUUCUCAAUCACUAAACUCAGUAUUUGCUAUUUACAGUCCCUUUAAGGAGCACUGUCACUCAAAAACCCUACCUGACCUAGCCACCUUUAAAAACUUUAAACUGCCGGUUCUGUCCUUUUAUGUGAGGUGAAUUAAUUACAUUUUGGGGUGGAAGCACUUCAUUAUUCCUUCCCUGUAGGCUAAGCGUUGCUCUGGCCUCACUAUAGUCUUACAAGUGCAUUACUUUGGGAAGCACACUUUUUGGUAUUGUAAUGUUCUAGCACACAACUGUAUGAAACCUCCUGAGAACACACAAGGGCAGGCUGAAUGGUUAUUAGAACAACA